AUGCCCGUGGCAGAGACCCUGCAUCUGGCCCACGUGCUCACGCAGGCGGUCAAGGGUCUCCUGACCGGGGCCAACGAAGGGCUGGAGGGGAAAAGAGAGCACGUCUUCUGCUCGGCAGAAGGGCCAGGCAAGGUUCGUCACUGGGUGGCCCGGUUGGAAUUUCAAGAUGGGAAACGCAAGCGCCAUGUCCACCGAAAUGGGCAGUUCUACCACGGACGGGGUGCUGUCCACGUGCACAUUCUGCUUUGGCUGCAGGAUAUGCAAGCCAUGGACCUCGCCUCCAAAAUCCAGGCAGACGUGCCCGGCGAAGACGAACCGGAAAUGCGAGAUCUGGUGGUGGGCUCGCAAUUGGACUACACUUCAAGUGGAUGGCCUCUGCGCGCAGAACCCACGGACGUGAUCCAGGAAGAACAGCGACUCCGACUACACCACCCACGCGAAGCUUUCGAAAGCAAGUGCCGCGCCUAUCUUCCGGACGUGUUGGCCGCCCUUCGCUGCCACGUGGAUGUGCUGGCAUCCGACGGACGAGCCAUGGUGCUGAAGUAUUGCGCGAGCUACUUGCCGAAGUUCAGCAGCUCCUUCGCGGCGGAGCUUCUCAACAGCGAGGCGACCGACUUCUCGCUGGCCCGGCGAGUUCUGGCGGACUACCAUCCGCUCCAGCCGGAGAUGAUCCUGCAGUUGGCGGCACAGCAACAUCCUCAGUUUGUCUGUCCGGCAAAUGUCCGCAAGUUCGUCGUGCCGGUUCCGUGGCAGAAAGAACUGCCGCAGAUCGUGCAGAGCUACAUGGCUAGCACGUGGAGACGCGACAACAUGAGCCUUCUGGACUUUCUUCGGAAAUCGGGAGCGAGCGGUCAGAUUUCGCAGAAGUAUCGCCGCAUGCAUAGUGUCCGCAAAAUUGGCAUGCCUCUCAAGGACUGGAUCAAUGUGCACCCGCCAGACGGCCAGACACUUGUCGCCAGCGUAAUGUACGCUCACACGAACGAUCGUCAUUACGGCCAGUGGCUGCUGCUCAACGUGCCCUUCCGCGACAUCGACGACCUCUGGCACCCGCAAGCAAACCUUCUGCCAGAGAAUCUGCGAUACUUGGGACUGUGCGUCUUACAUCGCCGCCGUUUCUGGCGAAAUCAGAUCAGGAUCCGCGCAGAACUGGAGAAGGAGGCACGAAACGACUUGUACAUCCAGAACACACUCGCCAUGCUGACCGCCAGGAUCGAGCUCAUCGACGCCUACCUUUCCGGAGACAUGACCGUAGAAGGAGAGGCGGCCCCUCCGCUGGAUGGCGUCGCACGGGUGGCCCAUGCAGAAGUUCGAGUAGCACCAGAGCAAGCGGCGGUGAUAAACGUCAUCGGUCGUCGAGUACAACACGCAGUGGUGACCAGGUGGCCGGAGGAUCGGGAAGUCGAGGGCUGGGCCGCUUGGUUGGAGCAGGACGUCGCCGCCAAUAGGGCAACGGUCAUAUUGGGUCCGGCCGGCAGUGGAAAAAGCACGGCAGUGGAAAUCGCAUUGGACCGAGCUGUCCAAGCAGGUGCCCACGUCGGGGUUGCGUGUCCGACAGGCAUGCUGGCAACCCGGUACAGAGCACGGCAUCCGGAUCUGGAUAUUGAUACAGUGCAUGGCAUGUUCGCGUUGCACAAAGAGGAGCUCGCGACGGCCGACAUGAUGAAGAUCUACGACAUGCUCGUGAUCGACGAAGUCGGCCAGCUGCCGGAGUGGAUCUUCGAAAGGCUACUGCGACUCUGGGAUGCGGCCGACCGCCGGACUGCCCUCGUGUUCGUGGGCGAUUUCUGUCAGCUCUUGGGACCCGACGGCACGACGGCGAGAGAUAGCAUCAGGUGGCAAGACAUGCACAUCCUGUACCUGCACGAGAUGCGUCGCUGCAAGUGCGAGAAACUCAAGUGGAAGCUGCAGCUGCUGCGAAGUACGCAGCCCAGCGGAACACAGUUGAAGAAGAUCUUGAGAGGUCAUCGUGCAAAUCUUCGAAGUCGAUCCGGCGUCCGCAAUGAUCUCUGUCCGGAGGACAUCGCCGCCAUCCUGCAAGAGACCCCCCAGACGACCUUCGUCACGAUCACCCGUCGAGGAUCCGCCCGACUCAAUCAGCUCGCCAUGCGUGCCCUCUUCGCGGAUGCGGAGAUUCUCGAUCGCAUACCCUGUGAUCCACAGGAAAACUUCGAGAAUUUUAGAGGCACGGCGCAGGUGGCGGCAGAACCCUUCUGGCUUCCGAUUCAUGAGGGCAUGCGUGUCGUCAUCACCAGGAACACGGACAAGGAGAAUGGCUUCGUCAACGGAAUGGGAGCAACGGUGCAGCGCAUGAGGCGAAGCGGCGUGCAGGUGAAGACGGACGCAGGGAAGGUGCUCUUGAUUCACCCCAUCGCUCACGAAUGCCAGCUCUGGGAUGGCUCCAACAUCAGAACGACGGCCUUUCCACUGAGGCUGGGCUACAGCACCACGCUGCAUAAGAUUCAGGGUGCCACGCUGAAGCACGUCACCCUGUGGAUGGACGUGCCUUUCGUGCGCGCAGCUCUCUACGUGGCCCUCUCACGAGUUCAGUACGAUCGUGAUUGGCGUUUCGUAGGAUCCAUCGACAGGCGACAUUGCCUGCCUGCCAAACCCACGGACGUGAUCCAGGAAGAACAGCGACUCCGACUACACCACCCACGCGAAGCUUUCGAAAGCAAGUGCCGCGCCUAUCUUCCGGACGUGUUGGCCGCCCUUCGCUGCCACGUGGAUGUGCUGGCAUCCGACGGACGAGCCAUGGUGCUGAAGUAUUGCGCGAGCUACUUGCCGAAGUUCAGCAGCUCCUUCGCGGCGGAGCUUCUCAACAGCGAGGCGACCGACUUCUCGCUGGCCCGGCGAGUUCUGGCGGACUACCAUCCGCUCCAGCCGGAGAUGAUCCUGCAGUUGGCGGCACAGCAACAUCCUCAGUUUGUCUGUCCGGCAAAUGUCCGCAAGUUCGUCGUGCCGGUUCCGUGGCAGAAAGAACUGCCGCAGAUCGUGCAGAGCUACAUGGCUAGCACGUGGAGACGCGACAACAUGAGCCUUCUGGACUUUCUUCGGAAAUCGGGAGCGAGCGGUCAGAUUUCGCAGAAGUAUCGCCGCAUGCAUAGUGUCCGCAAAAUUGGCAUGCCUCUCAAGGACUGGAUCAAUGUGCACCCGCCAGACGGCCAGACACUUGUCGCCAGCGUAAUGUACGCUCACACGAACGAUCGUCAUUACGGCCAGUGGCUGCUGCUCAACGUGCCCUUCCGCGACAUCGACGACCUCUGGCACCCGCAAGCAAACCUUCUGCCAGAGAAUCUGCGAUACUUGGGACUGUGCGUCUUACAUCGCCGCCGUUUCUGGCGAAAUCAGAUCAGGAUCCGCGCAGAACUGGAGAAGGAGGCACGAAACGACUUGUACAUCCAGAACACACUCGCCAUGCUGACCGCCAGGAUCGAGCUCAUCGACGCCUACCUUUCCGGAGACAUGACCGUAGAAGGAGAGGCGGCCCCUCCGCUGGAUGGCGUCGCACGGGUGGCCCAUGCAGAAGUUCGAGUAGCACCAGAGCAAGCGGCGGUGAUAAACGUCAUCGGUCGUCGAGUACAACACGCAGUGGUGACCAGGUGGCCGGAGGAUCGGGAAGUCGAGGGCUGGGCCGCUUGGUUGGAGCAGGACGUCGCCGCCAAUAGGGCAACGGUCAUAUUGGGUCCGGCCGGCAGUGGAAAAAGCACGGCAGUGGAAAUCGCAUUGGACCGAGCUGUCCAAGCAGGUGCCCACGUCGGGGUUGCGUGUCCGACAGGCAUGCUGGCAACCCGGUACAGAGCACGGCAUCCGGAUCUGGAUAUUGAUACAGUGCAUGGCAUGUUCGCGUUGCACAAAGAGGAGCUCGCGACGGCCGACAUGAUGAAGAUCUACGACAUGCUCGUGAUCGACGAAGUCGGCCAGCUGCCGGAGUGGAUCUUCGAAAGGCUACUGCGACUCUGGGAUGCGGCCGACCGCCGGACUGCCCUCGUGUUCGUGGGCGAUUUCUGUCAGCUCUUGGGACCCGACGGCACGACGGCGAGAGAUAGCAUCAGGUGGCAAGACAUGCACAUCCUGUACCUGCACGAGAUGCGUCGCUGCAAGUGCGAGAAACUCAAGUGGAAGCUGCAGCUGCUGCGAAGUACGCAGCCCAGCGGAACACAGUUGAAGAAGAUCUUGAGAGGUCAUCGUGCAAAUCUUCGAAGUCGAUCCGGCGUCCGCAAUGAUCUCUGUCCGGAGGACAUCGCCGCCAUCCUGCAAGAGACCCCCCAGACGACCUUCGUCACGAUCACCCGUCGAGGAUCCGCCCGACUCAAUCAGCUCGCCAUGCGUGCCCUCUUCGCGGAUGCGGAGAUUCUCGAUCGCAUACCCUGUGAUCCACAGGAAAACUUCGAGAAUUUUAGAGGCACGGCGCAGGUGGCGGCAGAACCCUUCUGGCUUCCGAUUCAUGAGGGCAUGCGUGUCGUCAUCACCAGGAACACGGACAAGGAGAAUGGCUUCGUCAACGGAAUGGGAGCAACGGUGCAGCGCAUGAGGCGAAGCGGCGUGCAGGUGAAGACGGACGCAGGGAAGGUGCUCUUGAUUCACCCCAUCGCUCACGAAUGCCAGCUCUGGGAUGGCUCCAACAUCAGAACGACGGCCUUUCCACUGAGGCUGGGCUACAGCACCACGCUGCAUAAGAUUCAGGGUGCCACGCUGAAGCACGUCACCCUGUGGAUGGACGUGCCUUUCGUGCGCGCAGCUCUCUACGUGGCCCUCUCACGAGUUCAGUACGAUCGUGAUUGGCGUUUCGUAGGAUCCAUCGACAGGCGACAUUGCCUGCCUGCCAGCCUCUGA